CACUAUUUAUUUACUACCCAUUCCCACCAUUUUCUCCAGAAUCCUUACACGUGGGUUUGUGCGCCCACUGCUUUCUUCCAAUUCUUAACCAUAAUCAAUCAAUGCUUAAACCCCCAGAAUCAUCUUCCAAUUUCUCAUUUAUAUCACCCUUCCUUUUAUCCAUACCAUGAUCAUAUCAUAUACCAACAACACUAAUUAAUUUGUUCAAUACAUUCAACAAAAGUUUUUGAAGUCGAAUAUCGAUAUCGUAAAGAUGAUGCUGGUGUCUGUUGUGGCGGAGAUGUUGGAGGAGUACACGGCCGUGUUAGCCCGAGUAUUGGAACAUUUGUUUAACGAAGCGCCGUUACCUCGAAGAGUUCGGUUUUUAAUCCUUAGGAAUCUUCCUUUUUCUUCUUUACCUCUUAGCCCUUCUCUUCUUCCUCCUCCUCCUCCUUCUGCGACAUCCUUUCAUUGAUUUUACUGUCAUUUCUAUGGGUGGGUAUUAAUGGAAUUUCCUAUCUCAUUGCUAACAUUUACUUGUAAUUGUUCCUUCUCUUUUUUAGAUGUUUUUUCUUUCAUCUUGUAGUUUAAAUUCUGCCUUUUGUUGUUUUUUUCAUGUACAGUUUUGCGGGGUUGUAAAUAUUAUGUUAAUUGAGUUUUUAUGUUGUGUAAUCCAACUUUAACUUUAAUUUACGUUGUCAAUUUUUAA